CCUCAGGACCGUCCACACCUCGCCGCCCACCUCCUCAACUCUUCUUCGUCUGUCUGUCUCCCUCUGUCUACCGCUGAAGGAACCGUCUCUACAACACCACUGUUUUGUCUGCCUGUCGUCCACUGCUGACUACCGAUUUACUCACCGCCAACAACUCUCUCCUGUUAACCUCAAUCUGUUGUGUAUAUACCGUCUAGCACCACCACCGCCUUCUCGUGUUCCAGUGUACAUAUCCCACAGUGUGUUGCCUUGUGGUGGAACACUCGGCUCUACGUUCGUGUGCUGGAAAACAAACAUUUUACCCUUGUGUGUGUACCUGUAAUGGAAUUCCUGUCAUUUAACCAACAAACUCUAGUACUAAUUAUUCUUGAAAGUUUAUGACUGGGUGAGCAAUUCGUUUGAGGUUGGCAGGUGUUGCGUCAGAGCGCUCAAGUAAAGUUACGUCGGUGGAAGCGAGAGACAGUGUGGUGAGUGUGUCAUCAGGUAGUGUUCCUCCCACACACUACAAUUUUCUUCUAGAUGUACGGUCGUCUGCUGAAUAAACUGCCGCGGAACAAUGUAUAAAAAGCACGUGCGUUUUAAAGACCCGACCGCGAGCGAUGAUGGCUAAUCUGCACCAUGAGUCAACGAGACAUAAGACAUUAUAGACAGUGACUGGUUUAAUAUACUCUAAGACACAUCGAUCAGCGUUGAGCGGGCGUGUGUGUACCUGGUGAACGUGGGCGUGAUGCGGGCGUGGUGUUGGUGGGCCGGCGGCGUGGUCGGCUGAGGUGGGUCACCCGGCCAUGUACCGCAAGUACCUGCAGGAGCUAAGUGACCGCCCCAGCAGCAGCAGCCAGCCCCGACCCUCCCCGGAUGGUACCGUCUUCCCCGACACUCACCUCAUCGUAGGCGACGCGCACCUCAAGGCCGCCCGUGCGGGUGCCGUUCACAGGGAACUCUUCACCAACAGGGUCGACAGUGUUCCCGUCAGCCUCUCAUCAACUGGCAAAUCCAACUGUUGUGACGUUAACCAAUCAGUGGUGUGCAAGGCUAACAACCAUUUCGUGACUGUCAGUCAGUCUUCGAUAGUCACGUCUGACAGUCAUAGCGUAAGUGUUGCGUUAUCUGCAGGUGUCAAGCCAGAUACCCAAAACGUCGCUCUUAUCCAGUCGUCGAAAGUUACGUCAGCCAGCGAGGACUCCGGCGUUAUUCGCUCUCCGUCGGUCAAAAAUGACAGCCACAACAACUCUCCCAGCCCCUCCCUGGCGGUCAAGUCCAGCGGCCACUCUCCAGUUAGCCACUCUCCAGUGGUCAAGACCAGUAGCCAUAGCUCAGCCAUCAGCCACUCCUCAGUGGUCGAAUAUAAAAGACGCGGGAGAAGGGACCCUCGCCGCUACUCCGAUACUAUCCAACUGGAGGACUUCAUGUCUCGCACCAACACUCCUGAGUUUCGUCGACGCCCCGUCGAUCUCUUCGUGACAGACACCGAUGAUGCUGUGGGCACCAGACCCAGGGUGUCCCCCAGGGACAUUCACAGCCCCUACGCCGGCCAUCCUUCACCAGUACAGGUGUGGGACUCCCAGUCCUUUUCCGACGUCUCCUUGGAUGAGGUGAUAGUGUCGCGACCUGUACUAGAAGCGUCCAAAAACAAGUCACCUCUUUACCCUGCCCCUCGUGGGGACCUGAUUUCUGCCGUGCUGGUAGAGAAGACCCACUACACCCAUGUCCAUUCCCAAGACGUGAUCAAGGUCAAGUCAAUAUCCCAGGACUCCCAGGACAGCGAGGGACUCACAGUGGAGGACCCGCAGACACGCAGGGAGAAUGGGGGGCUGCCGCGACCUUCCUCUAAGUUCCCCAGAAACCUCCAAAAGGAAGUGGCCCCCUGGGGACGGGGCUCCCCUGGACACAAGCCCUCAACACAGACAGGUGAGCCGGUACAGGAGUCGACCACUAUGGACUGUUAUUCCGUCUUCUGCUGCAGUGUGAAUCCAGGAAGCAGUAACAACAGCAGGAGGUGAUUAUAGCAGAAGUAAGAAGACCAGGACGGGAUUACAGCAAUUACAGCAAUAGCGGGAGGUGAUUACAGCAGCAACGGGAAAACCAGGACGGGAUUACAGCAACAUAAGGAUUACAGCAACAGAAGGCGACGAUUACAGCAGCAGUGGGAAAACGCAGAUGGAAAUUACAGCAGGAACAGUCGCAGGAGAGAACACGGAUACAGUAGGCACAGCAGGGACGACUACAGUACCACCGCUACAGCCAAAACUAGCAGACGAUUUCUACAACAGCUAUGUAGGGCGACCACUGACGGUGUAAAUGUGUAGACUUCCUGCAGUUGUGGUCGCAGGCACGUACACAGGCAUGUAUGUACACAAGCACACGCAUAAAACAGUCAUAAAUAAAAUAGAACUCACGUACACACGGACACACACACCCCUUACCACGCACACUAGCUUCCUCAGGUAACGGGACACACACACACACACACACACACACCACCUGUUCAGAGCGUCAAGAAGGUUGAGUCAAUGUUUACAAGGCGAAAGUAAUGUAAAAAAUUGCUUAAGAAUCAUCGAAAUUUACAGCUGAAACAACGGUAAAUUGAGUUAUCAUUUACGAGUGUAUGAUAGAAUGUGGUGUUAUGAUUUACAAGAUAGAAUGAUGUAAAAGCAAUGGUAAAUCGAUUCAUUUUUUACAAGAUGAAAUUUGCGAUGUGAUUUACAGAAAGAAGUGACUCCAUAGUGAUUCUGAUACUAACUUGUAUAGUGACACUUGAGUGGCACUUGAGGAACACUUGAGUGGCACUUGAGGGACACUUAAGGAAUACGUGAGUGAGUGGCAAUUGAUUGUCAUGUGAAUAGUACUUGGAUUUACACUUUUUUGUACUCUCUCUCUCUCUCUCUCUCUCUCACGUAUAAGAGAUCAAGAGACUUCAGCCUUACCCAGGAGUCUCACAUUAUUUACUUAACCUAAUGUGCCAACAAGAAUCUUAGUUAAGGUAGCCCCAUGGUACAGUACUUAACACAGGUGAGGCGUGUCUGGGUACUCACCUGAACGAGCCCACCAGGAGCUAGAAAAAGAAGCACGAGGAGAGAUUUAUAGGGGAAAUAUGGUUCUAGAUAUUUAGUAAAAGUUUUAAAAGGGGGGUUAAUUAUCCUAGACAUUUAUAUAGGUAUUUUAAGGGAAAUAAUUAUAUACUGAACGACUUAUAGGGAUUAUAUGAGUAUUAUCUUUGAUCUAUAUAUAUCUAUAAGGGAUUAUAGGAAAUAUUACCAAUUUAGAUAAUUAUUGAAUGAUUAUACGAUAAAUUAUCAUCUUAGUAUACUGAAUAGAAACAGAUUACUUCAUUGUUAACUCUAGGAUGUAGUGUACAGAGACUAUAAUUAUACUACAGUUAUUGAAUCUUGUAAUUAUAUUUAUUGAAUUAUAGAUUAUAAAUAAAACUCUUACUACAGCCGAGA